AUAAAAAGACAGUAUCUCAAAAACUACUCAACGAACUUUUUUUUGCGGUACAAAUUCUUAAUAAGAACAUAUUAUAUUUUAAAAUAAUUUUGCAGUUGUCGCAAAGAAUUAUCAUUAGAAAAUGACUUUAUUAGCCAUUUUAGUUAGUUUUUUUAUUGCAUUUUGUGAAGCCGGCUGGAACAUGGAAGAAAACUAUUCUUUUGAGCCUUUUUAUACACCACAACAAAGUCUAUGCAUUAAAAAUAAUAUCCGCCCCGAUGACGCUUCUAUGGACGAAACAGAGUUUAAAAUAGUACAAGGCUUGAAUGGAAUGAUUAACACAGUAUCUUUUCAAAGUAAAAAAAAUUCCAGCAUCUAUAUUCGUCAUCAAAAUAACGACGUCAAGACUUAUCAGUUUGAAGACUCAGCUUUGUUUAGAAACGAAUCUUCUUUUUUUAUACGAGAAAGAAAGUAUUUUCCUGACUAUGUUUCCAUCGAAUCCGCAUGUUACCGUGGUCGUUACCUACGAUACCAGUACCCAGUUUUAGUCUUGAACGAAGAAAAAGCCGACAUGGAUUUCUAUCGACGAGAAACUAGCUUUAAACUUAGACCCAGCGAUUUGAUAUACAUUGGAUACACUUACACAUUUUCUUCCUACACUUAUCAAGACUAUCGCAUUGGUGUGAAAGAUGACGGAGUGCUUGUGGGAAUUAAAUACAUGAGUGCUGAUGAAUAUGUAGUUACAAAAGGUUUGAACGGACAAAACGGGACUGUAUCUUUUCAGUCGGCUAAAGACAGCAACAAGUAUCUACGUCAUCAAAACUUUAUUUUAAAACUUCAUCAAUACGACAACACUAGUUUGUUUAAAAAUGAUGCGUCGUUUUUUGUUCGCGAAAAUCAGUAUUUUAAUGAUUUCGUUGCCUUCGAGUCAACUAAUUAUCCUAAUUAUUUUCUACGACAACAAAAUUUUAAUUUGGUGUUGCAAUCAGAAAUGGACUUGGAAUCUUACAUAAUGGAUGCUAGCUUCCAACCAUUACAAUGUGGAACAAAUAAAAUUGGAUAUUCCUUUUCAUUUGAAUCUUAUAACGCUUUUCAAUAUCGAAUUGGUGUAAACAAGGACUUAACUGUAUCCUUAAUUUAUAUGGGUGUGGAUGAAUUCACUAUUGUGAAAGGUUUAAAUGGACAGGUUAACAGUGUAUCUUUUCAAUCGGUCGCAAAUGAGAGCAUGUACUUGUGUGAACAGAGCUCUAUCUUAAGAAUGGUUAGUUUUGUCAAUACAGCUCAAAUGAAAAAUGGAGCAUCAUUUUUUAUUCGUGAAAAGAAAUACUUUCCUGGCUACGCAUCAUUUGAAUCAACGAGAAACUCAGGUUACUUCAUUGCAACUCAAAAUGAUGGAUCUCUUUUGGUUCAAAAAGAAAUCAGUUUAAUUGCGUUCCAAAAAAGCGCAAGCUUUAGGCUAGUACCACAUGGUGAGAGAUACAUUGGUUUAUCUUACCAAUUGGCUUCAUAUAACUAUCCGACAUAUAGUAUUAGCGUUAAGCCUGACAACACAACUGCUAUUGUUACUGGUGACCAAGUAAUGUUUACUUUUACAAAAUCUCUCAAUGGACGAUUUUGUGCUGCAUCCCUGAGUUUGAGUGAUAGUACAAAUAGCUAUUUGAGAAAUCAAUCUUUUCUCAUAAAACUAGACAAGUUAGAAAAUACUGUGUCGUUUAGAAAUGCUGGAUCAUUUAUAAUUCACCAAAAUAGAUAUUAUCCAGGUUGCGUUUCAUUUGAAUCAACUAAAUAUCCUGGAUACUUUAUUCGACAUGAAGUUUGCGUAUUGAAAUUACAAGAAGAAGACAUAGAGGAUGAGCUUUACAGAAAAAAUGCCAGUUUUAAACUAAUCGUUAUUGACGACAGCGUUAUUGAAGGCGAGGAAAUUAAUGAAAUAAGUUGAGAACUUUUGUUUACUUUGCAAUUUUGAUUAAAAAAUAUUAAAGCUUAAGUUUACUUUGUAACUUUUGUUGAAAAAUAUAAAAACUUAAGUGUUUUUUGUAAUGUUGAUAUCAAUAGCUAAAUAUAAGUCAGAUGUUACAUA